CCGGCCACAUCUCGGUGAGGCGUCAGACAGGCAAGGGAGAGAUACGUGUCAGCAAUGGCACAGGUCGGAGACCAGCUCCUUGGUGAACACCCUACAGAACAAAAACUGGAACUGACUCUUGACCCUGGAGAACGAUUGACUGAAGCUGUCCAACAAGACAACGAGGACGUUCCCCAGUCCCCCGAGGGAGGGUGGGGCUGGGUGUGUGUCACCGCACGGGCUGUCAUGAUGGGCAUCGUGUUCGGCAUCAUGUAUGGCUUCGGAGUCGUCUAUGUGGAGCUGGUAGAUGUGUUCGAGACCUCCAGGACCGAGGCUGCAUGGGUGGGGUCUGUCGCUACCGGAGCUUUGCAUUUUACAGGCACUGGUCUCGGUCUGGCCAUGGUACCCGCCGUGGUGGCUGUGUCCAGCUACUUCCGGAAGAGGAGGGGGUUCGCCCUGUCCCUCUCCUCGGUCGGUGCUGGGGUGGGGACAAUGUGCUUCCCCCAGCUGUUCAGGGUCCUGAUAGAGGCAUAUGGGUGGCGGGGUCUUAUGCUGGUGUUGUCAGGGGUAGCUCUGAACCUCGUCGUCUGUGGGGCACUCUUUAGGAUGCCAGCUCAACUUAAAAAGAAUUUGGAAUCGAAAGAACAUGUCCAGGAAGCCGGUUUUGGUUCCCGAUUCACCCGACUAUUCAAAGACUUCUUUACCGUCAUACACAACGUCUCCUUCACCGUCAUCCUCGCCACCAUCACAACGACAUACCUCGUGUACAUCGUCCCCUUCGUCCACCUCCCCGACCUGGCUCGCCUCACGGGGGUAACCAAGGGCAACGCAUCCUUCCUUGUGUCCAUCAUGGGGAUAGCUGGCAUUGCAGGGAGGCUGGUCUUUGGUUUCGUCUCCACCUUCGACUGUGUCAGCAUCUUAUCAUGUCACGCUUGUAUGCUCCUUGUCUGUGGUGUAGCGACACUGCUGUGCACGUUGAUAAAGACGUACACUUUGUUUGCCGUUUAUGCAACCGUGCAUGGCGCUUUCAUAGGUAGCUACACCGGCUUCAUAGCGGUCGUCAUAACGGAGAUAGUUGGCUUGCAUCAGACCGCAAAUGCUCUGGGUAUGCUGACCUUUCUCGGAGGGAUUUUUAUAAUGCUGGCAUCGCCUCUAGCUGGAUUUCUGUACGACACAACCGGGAGUUACCUGACGUCUUUCUACUUCACUGGAGUCGUGUUUUUAAUCUGUGGUCUUGUCUACGUUGGACUCAUUCUACAUCGGACACGUCAACGUAUCUACCAGCAAGAUUCUACACACAUAGCGGACUAAUGGGGACUAAUGAUUGGAUCACCUUGUACCUGUGACCUCAACGUAUACAGGCAUCUACGGCAAGAUUCUAUGCCCAUAGCGGACUAAUGGGGACUAAUGAUUGGAUCACCUUGUACCUGUGACCUCAACGUAUACAGGCAUCUACAGCAAGAUUCUAUGCCCAUAGCGGACUAAUGGGGACUAAUGAUUGGAUCACCUUGUACCUGUGACCUCAACCUAUACAGGCAUCUACAGCAAGAUUCUACACCCAAAGCCCCUGUACACGUUGAGGACCAAUGAUUUGAUAUUGAAAAACAUCAUUUGUCUUCAUUGUUUUCCCAUUGCUGAAUGGUCCUGAAAAGAACGUGUGAGCAAGUCUUCUGCAGAUUCUCUUUACAAGUGGGUAAAUCCUGUCUGUAACUACACACCAACCUCUUUACAAGUUGGUAAAUCCUGUCUAGAACCCCACACCAAC